AUAAUCAUAGGAAAAUUCCUUUUGUAAUAUCAAGUUCAAAAUUUAAAUAAUACAACCCCAUCAAAAGGAAAGUUGUGCAUCUACCCAAAAACAUGGUUUCACAUUUCAAUAGUGGAUGAAUGUUGCGGAGAUACUGAUGCUCACAACGCAAAGUUUGACAUUUUGAUUGUCGCAACUAUCAUCGAAUUUGUGAGGUGUGCUAACAGCAAGACCUUAAAUUCUACACGUAGUACUUAGCAUUUUUAGAAGCACUGAUUGUUCGAUUUUUAGAACCCCGUCAAGUUCGUCGGUCACUGUAUGCAAAACUCGUUUGAUCUGUGAAGAAAAGCAGCAAUCUGAGUGCAUUAGCAGUGCGAAAAAAUGAAUUUUCUCAACUCCAGAGCCCAUGAUUUUGUCACGCGCUGAGCUAGCACGUGUAAAACGUCCCGACAUUCAAUCAUACGAGCUGGUGCGGUGUCAUCAAAAUCUUCGUCGUCAAAUUGGACUUCCUCUCUCUCAUCUCACUCUCUCUCUUCCUAGUCCCCAAAAGUUUGUACGUACGCAUUGUUAAAACCUAAAAUCCUCUCACCUAAUUUACUUUACAUCCAUAAAUUUCCACAUAUCAUUACUCAAUUGGUUUAACCAAUUUUCAUACCGGGUGAUCUGAUCGUCCCUGUUAUCGGAGCGCAGAGGAGGUCAAUUCUUCCGUGCUUUCCUGUUUUCAAAGAGGGGAAUGGCUGGAGUUUCUGAUGAUGAUCAGGUCACUAGCGUAUGCGGUCACUGUGACAGAGCUAUUCCAUCUUCCAAUAUUGACUUGCAUUUCGCUCACUGCUCCCGGAAUCUGGAGAAGUGUAAAGUGUGUGGUGAUAUGAUACCCCGAAAACAUGCAGAGGAGCACUUUCUGAGUACCCAUGCCCCGGUCUGUUGUUCCCUGUGCAGUGAGACUAUGGACCGUGAUAUUUUAGAUGUUCACAAAGGAGAAAAUUGCCCGAAAAGAAUUGUGACUUGUGAAUAUUGUGAAUUUCCACUGCCUGCAAUUGAUCUAUUGGAGCAUCAGGUGGAAGUUUGUGGAAAUCGGACAGAGUUAUGCUACAUGUGCCAUAAAUAUAUAAGACUUCGAGAGAUGCAUAGCCAUGUAAGCAGAUGCACUGGUCCUGUUAGAACCGUAGCUGAGUCAUCAAGGAACACGAGAGCACUGGAAAGGGAAAGGGCUGCAGGUGCUCCGAGGAGGCAACCGCGUGAGUUUUCACCUAGGCGUCUACUGUUUACUAUUGCAAUAACAGGGAUUGCUGUUCUAUUAGGUUCGCUUUUCUUCCAGAGGAAGCCAGGCCCCACUCCAGUCAACUAAGAAUGCUUUUCUUUCUAGGCUACUACUGAUUACACCAUCUUACUUGGUUUUACGUCUAAUGUUGGCUGCGCCUGUGUAAUUACCGACAUGGUUAUACUGUUGAAAGAUUUGAGCGCAUGGAUCUUUGUAUCAAUCGACAGACAUUAUUGUUCCAUUGGGUAAAUAGUCUUAUUUGUAAAAAGGGAACCGAAUCUUAUUUGAACCGGGAAAGAAUAAAUUGUCUGUUCUUCCAAA